GACAUUACAAAUUCGAGAAGAAAACGCCAACUUCCAAGACAUUAAAAAACAAUAAAGAUGAAGACAGCCGGCGUUGUCCUGUUGCUUCUCUCUCUUGGUCUUUCCACAGUUCUAGCUGAAAAUGUCACGUGUUUGAAAUGUGAUGGCCACAAUGCUGACUAUUGCGAAGGUGAAGAACAUAAAUGUCCAGAUGACAAUCUUUGUAUGACCAUCUCUGAAAGUAUUGGACUGGAUAUUAAUAAUGGUAAACCCAUGCGCUCCGUUAGGAAACGAUGUUCUAAUAACCUGCCUUGCAUGGCUAACUGGUAUGCCUAUUAUAAUGAUACCUAUUUCUUUCAAAUAUCAUCGCAGUGUUGUAAAGGAAAUCUUUGCAACAAUGGAACUUUUCAAGAAAUGAAUAAAACCGCUGAAAAACUAGGGCCCAAAUGUCCAGCUUGCUAUUCAACUGAUACUUCAAAAAUGUGCACUCCGACCUCAGUCACAAUCUGCAGAGGCGAAACCGAUCAAUGCGCCACAAUACGUGCGAGGAUCAAAACAGCAGAUGGCGUAGAACAUGGUCUUACUGCCCAGGGAUGCAUGUCAGAAUUGGCUUGUCAGUACCCCGACUACAGCUAUAUGGUUGGACUAAAUAUAUAUAACUUGCUUGAGCAUGUGUGCUAUCUUCCUAAACCUGAGCCUGAAAAUGGUACGGAGAGUAAAGCUACAGAUUGAUACAAGAAAGAAACGCAUCAAAAUCAUUUAAACAGCAAAGUGAAACUACAGCCAGCUAAAUGCAUUGCUUAAAUAGUUAUUCGUAUAAUUGCAUCUCUGCUCAGCCAUGCUAUGUAUUCAGUGAUUGACAGUGGUCUUCCUAGCCUGCUGCUAUACAGCUUUCUACAUCACAUCCCUUCCUCCAAGCUGCUGAUCGUCAUUAUUACCUACCCAGCCUGGAUCACCAUAUUCGAUACACCGCCCUCCACGUCUGCUUAUACUCCUUUGCUGUGGACUCGAUCCCUCUAGAUCAGGGAACUCCAAACUUUCUAAACAAAGGGCCAGUGUACUGUCCUUCAGAUUUUAGGACGGCUGGACUGUGGACAGUGGGAGUAGAACAUUUUCCGAUAAAUAAUGCCCCAUAGCUUGUUUCAGUGAGAGUAAUUGCGCCCCAUUAUUGGUGUAAGUGGGAGGAAUUUUGCCCCAUCGUUGAUGUAAUUAGCCCCCAUCAUUGACAUCGUUGGUGUCAAUUGUGCCCCAUCAUUGAUGUCAUUGGGCCCUAUUGCUGGUGUCAUUGGGAGGAAUUGUGCCCCAUCGUUGGUGUCAUUGGGCUCCAUCAAAGCAGACCAAGGAUCUUCAAAAUGGGUCCAAAGCUUUUAUCAGUGAUCACAUACUUACAGCAGAUAGCAAUGUUUCGGAGCCCCGCAGGACCCCUUCAUCAGGCAUGUAGAGAUCCUUGGUGUGCUGGUGAAAUUUUUUGCUUUGAUUUGACACGGUUUUAGCCAUUGGUUGCAACACCUACUGUACUUAGUGAGUGAAAAACAUUAUAUAGCGCAACACAUGCGAACUGAAUCGCCUCUUAUGGG